AUGUCGCUCCUGUCCCGUUUCAUGGUCCUCGUUGGCAUCCUCUCCCUGUUCCACGCCCACGAGUUCUCCGCCCUUUCCAGCCGCCGCGCCUCAUCACCCACAAAGUCCUCGACGACGCUACCCGUAGAUAUACAGGUCGAGACCAUCAUAGCAGUGGGCCUUGCGUGUCUGGGUUUGGUGCUGGGAUCUCCAUCCUUGAAGCCGAUCAGUUGGAGCACACGGGCAGGCAAGAUUGAGAAAGGGGACAAGGAAGCGGGUUUCAACCCAUUUGCGGGACUGGAGGAGCGGGUAGGAUUUAUGGAUAUACGGGCAAAGCGAGCGGAGUUUACGCAGUGGGUGCAGCAGGGGCAAGGCGGUGGACAGAAGAGCUGA